CUGGCGAGACAGCAACUGCAGCUAACGCAUUCAACAUUGUCAGCAUGGACUUUAACGUUGGAUUUAUACACUGUCUCGUUAGAGAGAGCAUUUUGACAGACACGAAGAGUAGGUCAGGAGUGCUUUCUUCUUGACCUUUCCAAACAACGCCACUGUAAACGUUUUAUCAGAGGAAGGAAAUUGAAGUGUGAAAUACAGCGGGCCGGCGGGUGCACCUCCGGAUCAGCGCUAGCUAGCAGCUGGGGUUCUGGUCUGCUAGCUCAUUUGUGAAAGUCGUGGCAGCUUAUAGGUUUAGGUUUUUAAAGUCAGUUAGCUAGUUAGCUAACCUAGUUAUCUAAAUCGCUAAGAUAUAUUUAAGUAAAGGGUAUUCGAGCUAUCUCUCCUGUCAUCUAUUUGCCACUUAAAACAUUGCAUUUUGUUACAAAUUGGUACCAACAUAAUUAUGUUCUCGGCAGAAUUUGGAAUGAUUUUGGACUGACAAAAACUGCCUAGUGUACUCCCAGGUUUCUGGAAAAUAAUUACAUAUACUGGCAUAAAUAAAUAUGUUUGCUUUGUAGUCUAUAUGAGAGGAUAUUUGCUUUGUAAACCAGUUAUGAUGAGCAUUCCAAGAUCAAACAAUCACAGCCCCAUUCCAUAAUGGGCAAGUAGACUGCUGCCUUCCAACAUGGCCACAGCAACACAGCUCUUACUCCUUCUGUGGAAGAACUUCACGUACCGCAGGAGGAACAAGAUCCAGCUAAUCGUCGAGCUUCUUUGGCCACUCUUCCUCUUCCUCAUUCUCAUCUUUGUGCGGCAGUCACAUCCUCCCUAUGAACACAGCCAAUGCCACUUCCCCAACAAAGCCCUUCCCUCUGCAGGCACUAUAGCAUGGGUUCAGGGCAUUGUUUGCAACAUCAACAACCCAUGUUUCCACUACCCAACUCCAGGCGAGACACCAGGGCAAAUGGGGAACUUUGACAAUUCCAUUCUUUCUCGACUCCUACUAGACGCUAGGAGCGUUGUCACCUACGCUGCCCAUCAGAGAACCCUCUGGGGCUUACAGGACCUCUCCUUCGCUGUCCAGGGACUGGGCGAGAGGCAGAAUGCUUGGCCAAAUCUUGUAGUGGCAGAAUACCUCAGACCCAAUGAGACAUUCUCUUCCUUCAUGCGGGACAAUUGCAGUAUGCCCUCUGUGUCUGUAGACCAGUUACUGAGGGCUCGACUCAGCCUGCAGCUGGUGGCACCGGCAGGUGCUGGAACACCACUCUCUGACAUCAUCUGCAAUGCCACUCUCCUGGGUCGAUACCUCACAGUGGAAGAAGACACGUCGUUUAGCAAGCUGCAGCAGGAAUUGUGUGCUGUUCCCUCAGACCUGUUGCAGCAAGCUGAGCAGGUCUUCCUGUCACAGCUGGACUUCAGCAAGAUUUUCACAAAGGAAGAACUGCACUCCAGUACUGCUGAACUGCCGCUGCUCAGCAGGGCCGUCUCGUCUGUAGCUCAGGAACUUGCCACUGUUAUGGAUGAUGUGUCUGCCUUGUCCAGCUUCUCGGAGCUGAACGCCGAACUGAGGCUGCUGUCGCCGGAGAACCACUCAGCUCUGCCACACGACAGCUUCCAAGCCUUCUCCAGGAUCAUGUGCGGCCACCCUGAAGUGGGUGGUGAGAGGAUCCCCUCCUUCAACUGGUAUGAGGACCAAACCAUCAAGUCUUUCCUAGGAAGAAACAGAUCAGAGAAAACCCACACGGACAAGGACAACACCACCACCCCAUUCUGUAAAAACCUGAUUGAAAACCUUGAAUCGAAUCCUCUCUUUCGUGUUGUGUGGAGAGGCAUCAAGCCACUUUUAACUGGGAAGCUUCUAUUCACACCAAACAGUCCAGCUACACGCCAAAUCAUGAAAGAGGUGAAUAGGACGUUCCAGGACAUGGAGAUUCUGGAGGAGGUGUAUGAUGCAUGGAUGGAGGAGGGACCCAGGAUCAAGAGCUUCAUGGAGAGCAGUGUGGAGAUCCAUCUGUUACGGGAUUUAUUGAAGCAGCCCGAGGUGGCUGCGUUGCUGAACCUACGGCUGGAGAACACCUCCUGGACAACGUCCCACCUCACCCACUUCCUCUCCACGCCUGAUCUGGACACUCCCAGGAGAGAAGGAGCACCUCCCACCUGGCUCGAUCUAUACAAUGACAUCAACCGUACCAUCAGCACUUUGUCCCAACUCUCGAAGUGUUUUGAGCUGAAUAAGCUGGAAGGGAUGGCUACAGAAGGGGAGAUGGUGGAGCGAGCCCUGGAGCUGCUGGAGGAUCGGCGGUUUUGGGCUGGAAUAGUCUUCCUCCUCCCGGACCCCUCCACCCCGGAGCUCCCGCCCCAUGUCAAGUACAAGAUCCGCAUGGACAUAGAUGACGUUACACGCACCAACAAGAUCAAAGACAAGUUCUGGGACCCAGGUCCAGCUGCAGAGCCCUUCAGUGACAUGCGAUACGUAUGGGGCGGCUUUGUUUACGUGCAGGAUUUAGUGGAGAGCGCAAUAGUGCGCAUCCUAAGUGGCAAACGGCCGACUACAGGAAUUUACGUCCAGCAGAUGCCGUACCCGUGCUUUGUGGAUGACGUCUUCCUGCGUGUGUUGAACCGGUCGCUACCUCUUUUCAUGACGCUGGCAUGGAUUUACUCAGUGGCCAUGAUCAUCAAGGGCAUGGUCUAUGAGAAGGAGGCACGGCUGAAGGAGAACAUGAGGAUCAUGGGACUGAGCUCUACCACGCUGUGGUUCGCCUGGUUCAUCAGCAGUUACCUGCCCUUCCUGCUCAGCUCGGGCCUCCUCAUCACUGCACUCAAGGUGGGAGACAUCUUGCCUUACAGUGACGCCACAGUGAUCGUCUUCUUCCUGGCUGCCUUUGCCACGGCCACCAUCAUGCUGUGCUUCCUCAUCAGCACCUUCUUUUGCCACGCCAGCCUAGCAGCUGCCUGCGGUGGCCUCGUCUACUUCUCCCUCUACCUCCCCUACGCGCUGUGUGUGGCCUGGCGCGAGUACCUCACCAGCACGCACAGGAUCCUGGUGAGCUUCCUCUCUCCGGUGGCCUUUGGCUUUGGCUGCGAGUACAUUUCUCAGUACGAGGAGCAGGGAGUGGGUAUCCAAUGGUUCAACCUGAGGUCCAGCCCCACUGAAGGAGACCAGUACAGUUUCACUACCUCAGCCAUAAUGCUGUAUGUGGACGCCUUCAUCUAUGGAGUGGCUACUUGGUACAUCGAAGCUGUGUUUCCGGGUCAAUAUGGUAUCCCCAGACCAUGGUAUUUUAUCUUCCAGAUGAAUUACUGGCGAGGAGCCCCACUAGAGGAAGGAUUACACAUUCCUCCUGCACCGCAAAAACAACCAGACAAUCAAAUUGAAGCUGAGCCUUCCAAUCUCAUCCUUGGAGUAGCUGUACAUAAUUUAGUCAAAAUCUAUAAAAAGGGGGCCAAACUUGCUGUCAAUCAUCUGAGCCUCAACUUCUAUGAGGGCCAGAUCACAUCAUUCCUGGGUCACAAUGGAGCUGGCAAGACAACCACAAUGUCCAUUCUGACAGGGUUAUUCCCCCCAACUGCUGGAACAGUGUACAUUAAAGGGAUGGACAUUCGCACGGACAUGAACGCCAUCCGGAGAACCCUGGGAGUGUGUCCCCAGCACAACAUUCUCUUCGAUAUCCUGACCGUGGAGGAACAUGUGUGGUUCUAUGGUCGCAUGAAAGGCAUGAGCAGCAUCGAGGUGAAGGAAGAGAUGACCAGCCUGCUGGAGGACGUAGGACUGCUGCACAAACGUCACGAGCAGACCAGGAACCUCUCGGGGGGCAUGCAGAGGAAGCUGUCUGUGGCUAUUGCUUUCAUUGGGGGGUCAAAGGUCGUGGUCCUGGAUGAGCCCACGGCUGGAGUUGACCCCUACUCCCGCCGUGGGAUCUGGGAUCUGCUACUCAAAUACCGCAAAGAACGUACAAUCAUCUUGUCCACACACUACAUGGAUGAGGCAGACCUCCUGGGCGACCGCAUUGCCAUCAUCUCCCAGGGCAGGCUGUGCUGCUGCGGCUCUCCGCUCUUCCUGAAGGCACGCCUGGGCAUGGGCUACUACCUCACCGCCGUCAAGGAGUCCCAGAGCCGCACGCCAAACGGCGCCAGUGCUGCCAAGCUCAUGGCCACGCUCAGACCCACGCCCAUGAAGGACAACGUAUCUUCCAUGAGUGGGGACACCGGUGUGGGGAGCGAGGUGAAUGACUCAGACACGAUUGGCCUCAUUGCCCUUGCCCAGUACUACGUCCCCGGGGCCCGGCUGGUGGAGGAUGUGGGCGGCGAGGUGGUGGUCAACUUCCCACACGCCGCCUCCCAGGAUGGCACCCUCACCCUCUUUUUGGCAGAACUGGACAGGCGCCAGGCCGAGCUGGGCAUCGUCAGUUACGGCCUGUCGGACACCACGCUGGAGGAGAUCUUUCUGAAGGUGGAGGAGGAGACAGGAGUAGACGCCAAGCCGAAUGUGACAACUCGGUCACUGGCAUCUCUGAGCCAGCAGAGGGAGCCAUCCGAGGACGGAACCACAGGAUGGAAGCGACAGCGCAAUACAGAGUCCCAGGAGAGGGAGCCACUGAGCAGUGAUGGAUGGGGUGUUGAGCCUCUCACAGACUGGGGCCUGACCUUGCAGCAGCUCCGAGCGCUUUUCACCAAGAGGCUGCUGUAUGCCCUCCGCAGCCGCCGAGGCUUCCUGGCUCAGAUUGUCCUGCCUGCAGUGUUUGUCCUAAUUGCCCUGCUGUUCAGUCUUAUUGUCCCGCCAUUUGGGAAGUAUCCGGCUCUUGAACUCCAGCCAUGGAUGUAUGGUGAACAGUACACCUUCUUGAGCGAUGACACCCCACACGACCCUGACAUCCAGAAUCUCCUCUGGGCUCUCCUGGACCCUCCUGGAUUCGGGACCAAAUGCAUGGACCACACAGACAUGGAGGCCCAGUGCAAAGAGGCCAGGGACACAGACGUGUUCCUCCAACCCAAGACGCCCUACGCCACCUGGCCAAUGAGCAACUGGACGGUAGAACGACCAUCUCCCGAGUGCGAGUGUAGCACCGACAAGGUCCGCUGGAUGCUGCCCAACUGCCCACUGGGUGCUGGGGGACUGCCCCCUCCUCAGGUAAAGAGAAUGACCGGUGACAUUCUGCAGAAUUUGACUGGGCGGAAUAUAUCUGACUACCUCAUGAAGACUUACCCUCAGAUUCUGAAAAAAAGCAUGAAGACUAAAAAGUGGGUGAAUGAGUUCAGGUAUGGUGGCUUCUCUCUGGGUGGUAAGAGCUCUCAUGCUCUCACAGACACUCAUCAGCUUGAGGAGUCUGUAUUGACUAUCAAAUCACGUUACAAUGUAACAAAGAACAGUUCACUGGAUCAGCUUCUGGACAGAUUACCAAGCAUUGUCACUGGUUUCAAUAGUCAAAACAAUGUAAAGGUGUGGUUUAAUAACAAAGGUUGGCACGCGAUGGUGUCUUUUGUGAACAUCAUGAACAACGGGCUACUCCGUGCCAAUCUUCCUCCUGGACAAGACCGAAGGAAACACGGAAUAACAGUCUACAACCACCCCCUUAACCUCACCAAGGAGCAGCUCAACGAGCUGGCCUUGAUGACCACAUCUGUGGAUGUGCUGGUGUCCAUUUGUGUGAUUUUUGCAAUGUCUUUUGUUCCGGCUAGUUUUGUGCUCUUCCUGAUUGAGGAGAGGGUCAGCAAGGCUAAGCACCUUCAGUUUGUCAGUGGGGUCAAGCCCAUUGUGUACUGGACUGCAAACUUUGUCUGGGACAUGCUGAACUACACAGUACCAGCUACCAUGGUGGUCCUCAUCUUCAUAAGCUUCCAGCAGGAGUCUUAUGUGUCAGAGAAAAACCUCCCUGCACUAGUGCUUCUGCUCUUGUUCUAUGGCUGGUCCAUCACCCCUCUCAUGUACCCUGCCUCUUUCAUGUUCUCCGUGCCCAGCACGGCCUACGUGGUCCUCACCUCCAUCAACCUCUUCAUUGGCAUCAACGGCAGCGUUGCCACCUUUGUCUUGGAGCUCUUUGUCGAUGAGCACUUAAACAAGGUCAACAGGAUCCUGAAGAAAGUGUUCCUGAUCUUUCCACACUUCUGUCUGGGUCGGGGGCUUAUUGACAUGGCUAAAAACCAGGCCAUGGCAGAUGCUUUCCAGAGGCUCGGCACCAAGCAGACUCUGGAGCCGCUGGCCUGGGAUUUUGUGGGGAAGAAUUUGUUUGCUAUGGCUAUGGAGGGCGUAGUCUUCUUCAUUUUCACUGUGCUGCUACAGUACAGGUUUUUUAUUCAUUUGAGGUCAAGUUUGGACCCUGUCCUGCCAGCACUGGGCUCAGAGGACGAGGACGUAGCAAGGGAGAGAGACCGAGUGAAGAGUGGCAAAACCCAAGAUGACAUUCUCAUCAUCACAGACUUGAGCAAGGUGUAUAAAGCAGGCAAGAAGCCAGCAGUUAACCGCCUUUGUCUUGGCAUUCCUCGGGGAGAGUGCUUUGGACUAUUGGGGGUUAAUGGAGCUGGCAAGACUUCCACUUUCCGCAUGCUCACCGGAGAUACCACCAUCACUUACGGCAAUGCUUCUCUCAGCAGUCACAGUGUCCGCAACGAGAUGGAACGGGUUCAUCAGCUUAUGGGCUACUGUCCUCAGUUUGAUGCUGUCAGUGACCUUUUGACUGGUAGAGAGCACCUGGAAUUUUACGCUCGAUUGAGAGGUGUCCCCGAGCCAUUUGUGGCAAAGGUCACUCAGUGGGGGGUGGAAAAGCUGGGACUGUCACAGUAUGCUGAGCGAGAAGCAGGAGGCUACAGUGGAGGCAAUAAACGCAAACUCUCAACUGCCAUUGCUCUUAUUGGAGCGCCACCUGUUAUUUUCCUGGACGAGCCUACAACAGGAAUGGAUCCAAAGGCUAAGCGUUUCCUGUGGAACUGUAUCCUCAGUGUCAUCAAAGAAGGGAAAGCUGUCAUACUCACUUCCCACAGCAUGGAAGAGUGCGAAGCACUUUGCACUCGUAUGGCCAUCAUGGUCAAUGGCAGGUUCCAGUGCCUGGGUUCAGUGCAACACCUCAAGAACAGAUUCGGGGAUGGUUACACGAUUAUCCUUCGCUUGUCUAGUCCAUCACAGCAUCCCUGCCCAGUGGAUGCCUACAUAAAGAGCUCCUUUCCUGAAAUUGAGCUGAAGGGGAGACACCACAAUGUUCUACAGUAUCAGCUGCCAUCUCAUGCUUGUUCCCUUGCUCAUGUCUUUGAUAUUCUGUCGAAUAAAUACAAAGAGCUGGGCAUAUCUGACUAUUCUGUAUCUCAAACCACACUGGAUCAGGUGUUUGUCACCUUUGCCAAGGAACAGACGGAUGACGAUGACCAACUAAGACAGGUGGCUGUGAAUGGUGGCUCAGUGACGGACCAAACCCAUUGGCUUCAGCAAUCCAGACGUAUCCAGCCUCAUCCACCCACUCAACCAAUCAGAUGUUCAAAUUCUUCAAACCUUUCUCCUGAUUGCAACAGACCACCUUUUUUAGCCAAGGCUUCUGAGUCUAAAGAGGACAAACAUAGUGAGCUGUCAGAAACAAAAAGACCUCAGCAGAUUCAGAUGCAGUCUUUACUGGCAGCUUCAAAUUAUGAACCAAAAUGCACAUUUGGAAUGAACUCUCUGAGCAAAGACCCUACUAGGCUGUUUCUGGUCAAGAGUAAAUCACUGGAGAGCAAAAUGUAAUCCAGUUGUGACUGAGUGAUGGGCUAGAAGAACCAUGCAUCUGAAGCCACACAACUGCCGGUCAUAUUUCCUUGUUUUGUUGGUGCCUUGCUAAACUUCCAAACUGAACACUUAUCACCUUAAAAUACCAGUCACCAUUUAGGAAUCGGUCUCUGUUCUGCAAAUCUUCAUCGGUGUUAUGUUUUGCUUGAA